AUGUCAGACGAUGAAGAUUUCCUGAUGGACGAGGGCGAUGAGGAAUACGAUUUCGAUUAUGAGGACGAUGACGAUGACGACGUUGAGCAAGGCGAGGCCGGUUUAGAGAAUAAAUAUUAUCUGGCCAAGGGUAAGAAAGAGGAUAAUCUAGAUCAGGCUAUUUUAGACUUCAAGUCUAUUGUUGAAAUUGAACACGACAAAGGCGAUUGGGGUUUCAAAGCCUUGAAGCAGCUCACAAAGAUUCAUUUCCUUAAGCUCAGGCAAUUCCCACAAGCCCUUGAUUUCUACAAUCAGCUCCUCACUUAUACAAAGAGCGCCGUUACGCGUAACUACUCUGAAAAGUCUAUCAAUGGCAUCCUCGACUAUGUCUCUUCAGAUAGAGCCAGCGAUCAGUCGCUUGACCUUGAACUUAUGGAGAAAUUCUAUUCCGUCACCAUGAAAACACUCGCUGAAAUGAAGAAUGAGAGACUAAGCGUUAAAACUAACCUCAAACUCGCUAAACUUUGGCUUGAUAGAAGAGAGUACUCUCGCUUAGAUGCCACCCUCAAAGAACUUCGCUUAUCUUGUCAGAGUGCUGAUGGCAAAGACGAUCAAUCUAAAGGCAGCUUACUCCUUGAAAUUUUCGCCCUCGAGAUACAAAUGUAUUCCCAAACAAAUGAUACCAAGAAGUUGAGAGAAAUCUAUAAUCAAACUUCGACUGUUACCUCAGCUAUCUCUCACCCUCGAGUUAUGGGUAUCAUUAAAGAGUGCGGCGGUAAGAUGCAUAUGAACGAAAAAAGCUGGGAAAAGGCCCAAACAGAUUUCUUUGAAAGUUUCAGAAGCUACGAUGAAGCUGGUUCUAUGCAGCGUAUUCAAGUUUUAAAAUACCUUGUCCUUGCACAUAUGCUUAUGAACUCUGAGAUUGAUCCUUUCGACUCUCAAGAAACUAAGCCAUACAAAGAGAAUGUUGAAAUAUUACCUAUGACGCAACUUGUUUCGGCCUAUCAGCACAAAGAAGUACACCAAGCCGAACGAAUCAUCGCCAAGAAUCGCAAGAUUAUUAUGGAGGAUACCUUCAUUAGUCACUUUAUUGACGAUGUCAUGCGCGCACUCAGAAUCACCUAUCUUGUUGAUCUCAUCAAGCCUUAUCAGAGAUUAGAACUGAGUUUUAUUGCAAAACAACUGAAUGUCACUCUCAACCAAGUCGAAGACUUGCUCAUCGAACUCAUUCUUGAUGACAAGAUUCAAGGUUCAAUUGACUCUGUCAAUCAGCGGCUAGAAAUAGACAGAGACCCUCAACUCGAGAGAAGAAGGUACACUGAGCUGACUAAUUGGACCAACGAGAUGGAGAAGAUGCACGAUAUGCUCAUCAGUAAGCUCUCCAAUGUCAAUGGUAACAACUUUUCCAGUAGCUCAAGCCGUAUGAUGAACCCAAUGAUGCAAGAUGGUUAA